CAGCUAAAUGGCGAUGGGAUGGGCCCAGGAGACGUUGUUAGGGGGAGGCUAAACCAUAGCCAUAGGCACUCAAUUCACUAUGUCUUUGGCCUUCCGACUUCUUCCCCCCUUUCUGCUUGCUCACUGCUUUUCCCGCUAUUGUCCCUCAUCACAAUUGCCUCAAAUUGAAUUGCGGUGCAUUCACACGACCUUCGACCUUCGAGUGUUGAGAGCUGCUAUUGUCAGCUGCUGUAUUGUCCGCAUUCGGCUAGCUGGGCGGCGUUAAUCUGCUCCUCCCUACCCUGCCCGUCUGCCCGUCUGAUCGACCCCAACCAAGUUCCGCGAGGACCACCACAACAAGACAUCUCCAUCAAAUACAUCCUCACCCCUCUGCGACGCUCUGCGUAACGACCGUCAUACGAACUAGACCAUCUUCUCUUGUUGAUUCUGGAGGUGAUAAUGAUUUGGUGAAGAACUGGGCUCUUUCCACAUUGCGACGAAAUAAUUCGAGGCUGGGCGAUCAAGAUAGUAGGUGGCAGGGCAACAAAAAGUCAACAAUUGCGCAAUCCCCCACGAGCGCCGCAACAACGAUACCAAUUGCCUUGCAAAGCUUGGUCUGAAUCGCAGACGCGGAAGAAAAUCAUUCGAGUAGUGUGGGGAAACAGACCGAGGACGAAUUGAGCCGCACCUCGACCCAUUAGCAAACGAUCGUAUCGUAAGGCCUCACCUUGGAGUGAGCCAUCCGUCGUCGUCAAGAUGGGCGCCAGCGAAGAGAUCUUCAAUUCCACCAUCUCGCGCGCUCAAUUCAAGGCCGCGAAUGCUUUGAGUACGCCGCCAGUGAACACGCCACCCCGCACUUCGACCCCUCCGCUUCCGAUGGGCACUGAUCGAAGGAAGUCAGACAAGAGAGCAUAUGAAGGUGGUAGCUUGCGAGGAGAACGAUCGACAGGAACCCCUGCGACUGACAUAGAUGCAACUGCUUUGAGUAAGCUUCUGAAAGAACAUGAGGAGCUGGGAAGACCGCGAGAUACUACACCUGGAGGAAGUCCAAGUAGGAAGCGGCAACGAGUAUAUGGUGACAGGUAAGAGCUUCUUUUCCAACAGAGACGGGAGACGCGAGCCUUGAAUUUUAAAUUGGGAGGGGAAGGAAGCAGACAUGAGCUAGCAAAGUGGGGCAUUGCGUUCCGUGCCUUUGAUGCCGAUAUGCUUGAGCUACGGUCCGACGAGCUUCCCCUCAAAAUAAUUCACCAGCUCUUGAUUGCCAAAGAACACAGGCUGACAUGAAUCCAGAUUUAUUCCCAACAGAGAAGGGCAAGAUUUGCAAGCCAGUUUCAGUCUAUUACACGACGACGGAUCUCCAGCGACUCCUUCGAAGCUGAAGAAGCGCACGCCUCAUGGCGAGCUCAAUCACCAAAAGAGUAAGUCACCAUAAACCCUCACUCCAUCUAUAUGCUAACUCGUCACAGCCGAGGAAGCCAACAGAACGUUUUCAACUCUCCUUCGAGCCGAAAUCUUUGAUACUACGAUACCACAACCCACACCCCCAAACCUCUCCCCCGAAACAAGCUUAUUACAGACAAAUAACUCGACAACCAGCCAUGAUCCUACAAGAUCUCAUACACCACCCAACAAUGGAUCUACCUCCUCUCUGUCUGUUUCCAUGACGCCAUCCACCCCUCAUAAGAACCUCUUUACAUACAUGUCACCCAGACACAAUACCAAUAUUGCUGGUCAUCCCACGCCAUCAAGAACACCUCAAAGCAGACACGGCCCUAAUCUCAAUGCUAGAUCAGAGAUGUAUAGCCUUUCGCCGGUACGAUUCGGAAGCCAACAAAUGCUACUUAGUCCCAGGAAACAACCACGUGCUGUGAGCAAGGUGCCCUACAAGGUCCUGGAUGCGCCUGAUCUGGCAGAUGAUUUCUAUCUUAAUUUGGUCGAUUGGGGAAGCAGCAACGUACUCGGAGUUGGUCUUGGAAGCUGCGUUUACAUGUGGAACUCAACAUCUGGACGAGUCAACAAACUGUGUGAAUUACAAGAUGACACUGUAACUAGCGUAUCCUGGAUCCAACGUGGAUCACAUAUCGCUAUUGGUACCGGAAAGGGCCUAGUUCAGAUUUGGGACGCUGAAAGAAUUCGCCGACUUCGAACCAUGACUGGACAUACUGCGAGAGUGGGGUCUCUGGCGUGGAACGAUCACAUUCUGACCUCGGGAUCGAGGGAUCGACUUAUAUACCACCGCGAUGUGCGUGCUCCAGAUCAAUGGCUCAGAAAGUUGGUUGGCCAUAAGCAGGAAGUUUGUGGUUUACGAUGGAAUCCAGACGACGGACAGCUUGCUUCUGGAGGGAACGACAACAAGUUGAUGGUGUGGGAUAAGCUCUCUGAGACACCACUUUGGAAAUUCAGCGAUCAUACAGCAGCAGUGAAAGCGAUAGCUUGGUCACCACAUCAAAAAGGACUGCUUGCUUCCGGAGGAGGCACUGCAGAUCGUCGAAUCAUCUUCCACGACACUCUUCGAGGAACGACUGUCAACGAGAUUGAUACCGGAUCGCAGGUUUGCAAUCUCGCUUGGUCAAAGAAUUCCAACGAAAUUGUGUCCACCCACGGUUACUCGCAGAACCAGAUCGUGGUUUGGAAAUACCCCAGCAUGACCCAAGUCGUCUCCUUGACUGGCCAUACUUACCGAGUCCUUUAUCUCGCAAUGAGCCCCGAUGGUCGAGUAGUCGUCACAGGUGCAGGAGAUGAGACCCUUCGUUUCUGGAACGUUUUUGGUCGCAAGCCUGGGCAGCGAGAGGAAGGUGACGCUGGAGGUGAUGGUAAAUUGGGAGAUUGGGGCGUCAUUAGAUGAGGAACCCUCACGUCAAAAGAGAAAAACACCUACCACGAAUUGCAUGAAGUGAUGAACAUGGUGGGGGGACAACGGGCAUUUGUUUUGCAUUUCACUGGCGUUUCAAGGGGUUUUACCGGGCUAACUUUUGCCUAUCCAAAAUUUCUACGGAAUUUGGACAAAGAAGAUUUGCUUGGUUGCUAAUGCAAGAAUCAUGGGAUUGGCGUUCUAUGGAAAUCUUUGGCACGCAAAUGAGCCCUUUUUAAUUUUGCGUUUUUUUGCAGCGGAUUCUAGCAUUUGGCAGGCAAACUUUGUGCGAGAAAAAGAACAAACAGAAUAUGUAUGGACUAGUAGUUAACAUCAAUUGGCUGAAUCGAAGAAGCCGCCGAAUGGACGUGGAUUCAUUGGAUCGUCCAUUUCGACGGUGAGAGAUGUGUCCUCGCUUGCUCUUGAGGCAAGACGACGUCUCUUUCGCAUUGUAACUCAGCUCAGCUAAUUGAAGAAAAAAUCAAUAAUUAUAUCCGAAAACAAA